GCCGGGGCCGCUGCUGACAACAAGAUGGCGGCAGCGGCGGCGGGUCCGGCGGGCACCGAGAGCCGCGUGCUGGGCUACAGCCUGCACCGCUGGAGCAGCUUCUCCUCCACGUACCUGCCCGAGAAUAUCUUGGUGGAUAAGCCCAAUGAUCAGUCCUCAAGGUGGUCUUCAGAAAGCAAUUAUCCCCCCCAGUAUUUGAUUCUGAAACUUGAAAGACCUGCCAUAGUCCAGAGCAUCACGUUUGGCAAAUAUGAGAAAACACACGUCUGCAAUUUAAAGAAGUUUAAAGUUUUUGGUGGGAUGAAUGAGGAGAAUAUGACAGAUCUCUUAUCCAGUGGCUUAAAGAAUGAUUAUAACAAAGAAACAUUCACCUUGAAGCAUAAAAUUGAUGAACAGAUGUUCCCCUGUCGAUUCAUUAAGAUAGUUCCACUCUUGUCCUGGGGGCCUAGCUUCAAUUUUAGUAUCUGGUAUGUUGAACUUAAUGGCAUUGAUGAUCCAGAUGUGGUCCAGCCGUGCCUCAACUGGUACAGCAAGUACCGUGAACAGGAAGCCAUUCGCCUUUGCCUAAAGCAUUUUCGGCAGCACAACUACACCGAGGCUUUCGAGUCGUUGCAGAAGAAAACCAAGAUUGCUCUGGAGCACCCCAUGUUGACAGACCUCCACGACAAGCUGGUGUUGAAGGGAGACUUUGAUGCUUGUGAAGAGCUGAUAGAAAAAGCUGUGAACGAUGGCUUAUUCAAUCAGUAUAUCAGUCAGCAAGAGUACAAACCUCGCUGGGGGCAGAUUAUCCCCAAAAGCACCAAAGGUGAUGGGGAAGACAGUCGACCAGGGAUGAGAGGUGGCCAUCAGAUGGUUAUAGAUGUGCAGACGGAAACUGUUUAUUUGUUUGGUGGCUGGGAUGGAACUCAGGAUCUGGCUGACUUCUGGGCAUACAGUGUGAAGGAAAACCAGUGGACCUGCAUAUCCAGGGAUACUGAGAAAGAGAGUGGUCCCAGUGCCAGAUCUUGUCACAAGAUGUGCAUUGACAUCCAGCGGAGGCAGAUCUACACGCUGGGCCGUUACCUGGAUUCCUCCGUGAGGAACAGCAAGUCCCUGAAAAGUGACUUCUAUCGCUACGACAUUGACACCAACACUUGGAUGUUACUGAGCGAGGACACUGCAGCUGAUGGAGGCCCCAAGCUGGUGUUUGAUCAUCAGAUGUGUAUGGAUUCUGAAAAACACAUGAUCUACACCUUUGGAGGCCGAAUCCUGACCUGCAAUGGCAGUGUGGAUGACAGCAGAGCCAGUGAGCCACAGUUCAGUGGGUUGUUUGCUUUCGACUGCCAAUGCCAGACAUGGAAACUUCUGCGAGAGGAUUCCUGCAAUGCUGGACCCGAGGAUAUCCAGUCCCGGAUAGGCCACUGUAUGUUGUUCCAUUCUAAAAAUCGCUGCUUGUACGUGUUUGGUGGCCAGAGAUCAAAGACUUACUUGAAUGACUUCUUCAGCUAUGAUGUGGACAGUGACCACGUGGACAUUAUAUCAGAUGGCACGAAGAAAGAUUCAGGGAUGGUUCCAAUGACAGGUUUCACUCAAAGGGCCACCAUUGAUCCGGAACUGAACGAAAUCCACGUCUUGUCAGGGCUCAGUAAAGACAAGGAGAAGCGGGAAGAGAAUGUAAGGAAUUCAUUCUGGAUUUAUGACAUUGUGAGGAACAGCUGGUCAUGUGUCUAUAAGAAUGACCAAGCAGCAAAAGAGAAUCCAGGUAAAAGCCUCCAGGAAGAGGAGCCCUGCCCAAGGUUUGCCCAUCAGCUGGUGUAUGAUGAGUUGCACAAGGUUCAUUACUUAUUUGGAGGGAAUCCUGGUAAAUCCUGCUCUCCCAAGAUGAGAUUAGAUGACUUCUGGUCUCUGAAGCUCUGUCGACCUUCAAAGGAAUACCUGCUAAGACACUGCAAAUACCUCAUCAGAAAGCACAGGUUUGAAGAAAAAGCUCAGACUGACCCUCUUAGUGCACUGAAGUACCUGCAGAAUGACCUGUACGUGACUGUGGAUCACUCGGACCCUGAGGAGACAAAAGAGUUUCAGCUUCUUGCCUCAGCAUUAUUUAAGUCUGGCUCGGAUUUCACGACUCUUGGAUUUUCAGAUGUUGACCACACGUAUGCCCAGAGAACUCAGCUGUUUGACACACUAGUCAACUUCUUUCCAGACAACAUGACCCCUCCUAAAGGCAACCUGGUGGACCUCAUCACGCUGUAACGGAGCAAUCACUGGACACGUGGAAGAGGAAAAAAAGCAUCCAUUUUCAGUAUUUUAAUUUUUUUACUGCAUUGAUUGACUGCUGGGAUGAAGUUAAUAUAGUAACCCCUAGGUGUUUGAAAGGGGUUUUAUACUUGUAUGGUGAAUCCCUGGAGCUUUUCCCUUGGAGUAGGUUAAUAAAAUGUAACUGACGUACUUCUGACUAAAUAUAUAUAUUUUUUCUGACUUUGGAUUUUGAGUUAGCAAAUGUAAGAUGAAAAGGUGGGGGGAAAAGAAAAAAAA